GGGUUUUGCCGUAGCACGACCUAGGCUCUUCUGUCUUCAGCUGUGACCGGGACAAACCUGUGGCAGGGCUUGGGCCUUCCCGGAGCCCGGCCUGGCCUAGGUAUUUUCAUCUGGCAACAAUGGGUGAACCUCAGCAAGUGAGCGCUCUUCCUCCACCUCCAAUGCAGUACAUAAAAGAAUACACUGAUGAAAAUAUCCGUAAAGGCUUAGCUCCAAAACCACCUCCACCAGUGAAAGACAGCUAUAUGAUGUUUGGUAAUCAGUUUCAGUGUGAUGAUCUGAUCAUUCGACCCUUGGAGAGCCAGGGUAUUGAACGGUUGCAUCCAAUGCAGUUUGACCACAAGAAGGAAUUAAGAAAACUUAAUAUGUCCAUCCUGGUCAACUUUUUGGACCUCUUGGAUAUCUUGAUAAGGAGUCCAGGGAGUAUAAAGCGAGAGGAGAAACUUGAAGACUUGAAACUGCUUUUUGUUCACGUCCAUCAUCUUAUAAAUGAGUAUCGCCCUCACCAAGCUAGGGAGACACUGAGAGUCAUGAUGGAGGUGCAGAAACGGCAACGUCUGGAAACAGCAGAGCGGUUUCAGAAGCACUUGGAACGAGUUGUAGAGAUGAUUCAGAACUGCCUGGCUUCCUUGCCUGAUGAUCUGCCUCUUUCAGAGGGAGGACUGAGAGUGAAAGUGGAACCAAUGGAUCCUGGUGAUGGCAACAACUGUAUGGGACAGAGUGAAAAGCAGAGAAAGCGUUCUGGUAGCAAGAGAGAUCAGGUUUUAGACAAAGAUGCAGCUAUGUGUAGCAUUAUUGAUGAAAUGACAUGAAAAAACCCACUUUUCUUAGCUCAUUGUAGUGAGAGGCACAAUAGAUUCUGAAGGCAUGCAUUGUUUUGCUGCUGUACAAGCAGACAGAGUGUUGUACACCUGCUAAAGGUCAUGAGGGACUAGGCAGCUGAAGAUGUUUGUUUUGUGAACUGUGUGGUUAUUGGUAGAACCAAAAUGUAUACUUUUUGUUAAAUACAUCAUGUGAGGUGGUAGCCUCGGAUUAAAGUUACCUUCUGUUGUAA